UUUUUUCUAGGCAAUCCACAUUGUGGUUGUAUCAGUUCUAUCGUGGCUGCAGAGAGUUUCACACUCAUUUAUUCAGACAUCGCAACAGACCAAAGAAGACAUCAAUGGCUGAGAGUGAUUUUGACUGGGACUAUUUCAACUCUUUUUUUAAUAACUCAAAUGAGACCGUGGAUACAGAAUAUGUCCGAAAUGAACCAGUUGUUUUAUGCGAGAAAAGCGAUGUCAUCCACUUUGGUGCAGCACUUCUCCCGGCAUUCUACUACAUAAAUUUCUUACUCAGCUUGUUAGGGAACGGGCUUGUGCUGUGUAUCAUCUACAGAUAUGAGAAGCUUAGCACAGUCACCAACAUAUUCUUACUCAACCUUGUCAUCUCAGACCUAAUCUUCGCCUCUAGCCUCCCGUUUUGGGCAGUGUACCACAGCUCUCAAUGGAUCUUUGGCAGUACCAUGUGCAAGUUGGUGGGAAGUUUUUAUUCCAUCGGCUUCAACAGCUCCAUCCUUUUCCUUACUCUCAUGACCUUUGACCGUUACCUGGCAGUGGUCCAUGCUGUCACAGCAGCCCAGAGCAGGAGGAGAGCAUAUGCGUUUGCAUCGUCUGCUGUCGUCUGGGUCCUCAGUGUAUUGGCUAGUAUAAAGGAUAUCGUUCUGCAUGACGUGAGAGACAGUCAGGACAAUGGUAUUCUGUGUGAAGUGACUGGUUACUCCCAGAGUGUCCUCAUAAAGUGGGAGCUGUAUGGGUAUUAUCAGCAGUUUCUCCUUUUCUUUUUAAUGCCUCUGGCUAUCGUCAUGUACUGUUAUGUCCGUAUAACCAUCAGAAUCAUGUACACUCGCAUGGCGGAGAAGUGCAGGGCAGUCAAACUCAUCUUUAUCAUCAUCUUCACCUUCUUCAUCUGCUGGACACCUUACAAUGUGGUCAUCUUGCUACAAGCGAUCAAGACAUCCUCUGGAGACCAGUCACAAUGUUCAAAUGCCCUUGACUAUGCCCUAUAUGUGACACGGAACUUUGCGUACCUAUACUGUUGCAUUAGCCCUGUCUUUUAUACAUUUUUGGGCAAGAAAUUUCAAAACCAUUUUCUGAAACUUUUGGCCAAGCGUCUGCCAUGCCUAAAGAUAUCUGUACUGUCAACGCAUAGCAGUAAAAGCACAUCGUUCAGGAGCCCAAACACUGAUUACUGAUGAUUCAUCAAUUAGCGUGACUGUGGAGGCUGUGGUUUAUUUGUAAAGUGACAACUUUAUACUAUUUGUUCUGAAAUGUAUUGCUAAGAGGACACAAAAAGGAACACCUACAUUUUUGUAAAAAAAAAAAAAAAACAUGAAUAUUGCAAUGUAUUUUAGCAUAAAUCAUUAUAUUAAAUAAUUUCUGCAGGUUUAGAAAGAUAAUGUUUUAGAAUAUUUUAUUUUAAGUCCAUUUGUACUUACACAUUCACAAAACUUGCCACACUUUGUUGGUGUCAAAACCAAAAAAGAAAAUACAUAAAAAUAAAAGGCAAUGUAAACUUUAUUUAAAUUAGGUGACCUUAAGUACAGUGAAACUAACAUUUUUAAAAAAAUAUUUUUUUUUAGGUCUCGUAAAAAAAAGAAGAAAAUGAAUAGACUUCCUGUCUUUUCAACACCUAGAGGUAUCCUGUUUACCGAAUUGCAAUUAUGAUGAUCGGAUGUUUAUUUUGAGUCUAACCUCAGUCCCUACAUUGUGGUCUGUUGUCUCCUUUUCUGUAAUAUAUUACAUU